GUGCCACUGCUACGAACCACCUAAUAACUUCUUCCGUAUAUUAUUCACACUUCCCAAUGCUAAGAGUGCACCACCGAAGUCAGGCUCGCUUCAUUUUUUUCUCCUUCCACUCUCCGGUCAGCGCCCACUACUAUCUCUCUCUUCUCAAGGAAGCUUUCUCUCUCUCUCUCUCUCUCUAGAAAAGUAAAGCAGCAUAGAUUGAAAAACUGGAGGACAGAACAGUGUGUGUAGUGUCUACUUUCUCUCUAGCAAGUUUGUUUGUGAAGUUUCAGAAUGCAAUGUGAGUAAUUUCGCCGCCGUAGGAGAGAGGUUCGACGAUGGCUAAGUGUCCCCGGAACUCCGUCGGAGCGAUGAUGCUUGACCACGCCGCCGGCAGCGGCGGAAACUCCCGCCUCUGGACUUCGUUUUCUGGUGCCUCCUUCCGCCGUAUGAUCAUCGACACCAUGCGCUGCGGGGGGUCGAGCUUCCGUCACGACGGCGGAGCAACCACCAAACCGCCUCCGGAGAAGCCGAAGCAUCAGAAUGAGAAUCAGAAUCAGAGAUCCGAAUACGGAGCCGAAUCGAAGCAGAAGAAGAAGAAUACGGGAUCGGAGAAGUUAUCGGAGUUACUGAGACUGUCGGAGUCGUCGGAAGCUGGAUUGGACCGUGAGACGGCGGAGGAGGUGAAGAGAAAGGUGGAGGCGUUGGAGGAACUGAAGCGAGUGGUGAAGAGGUUACAAGGCGACGAUGUUUUGGGGGCCGCGAUUGACGUGAGGAGGCUGACGAAGGAGAAUUCGGAGGCUAGAACCACUCUCGCAUUGCUCGGAGCAAUUCCGCCUCUUGUCUCGUUGCUUGGUUCGGAAGAUCUCGAUUCUCAGAUCGCCUCUCUCUAUGCUCUUCUCAACAUCGGCAUUGGCAAUGACGCAAACAAAGGAGCCAUUGUUAAAGCAGGAGCUGUUCACAAUAUGCUAAAGCUCAUUGAAUCUCCAAAUGGGUUUCCCAACCCAGCUGUUGCCGACGCAAUAGUUGCAAAUUUUCUUGGCUUGAGUGCGUUAGACUCUAAUAAACCAAUUAUUGGUUCUUCCGGCGCAAUCCCAUUUUUGGUGAAAACUGUAAAAGAUUUGGAUAAAACAAGUAGUACUCAAGCCAAGGAAGACUCUCUGCGGGCACUAUAUAAUCUUUCCAUUUUGCCUUUGAAUAUAUCACUGAUUUUAGAGGCUGAUUUGGUACCAUUUCUCUUUAGUGCAUUGGGAGACAUGGAAGUAAGUGAAAGAAUCCUCUCGAUUUUGAGCAAUGUUGUAUCGACAGCAGAAGGUCGUAAAGGGGUUAGUGUCAUGUCGGAUGCUCUGCCAAUUCUAAUUGAUGUGUUGAAUUGGACUGAUUCACCGGGGUGUCAAGAGAAGGCGGCAUAUAUUUUAAUGGUGAUGGCACACAAAUCAUAUGGAGAUAGACAAGCCAUGAUUGAGGCUGGACUUGUUUCAUCAUUGCUUGAGUUAACGCUUUUGGGCAGCACAUUAGCACAGAAAAGGGCUUCAAGGAUCUUAGAAUGUUUGAGAGUUGACAAAGGGAAGCAAGUUUCGAGAAGAUUUGGAGGUGGAAUGGGCGCUACUGUGUCCGCUCCUAUAUGUGGAUCUUCGUCAUCGUCUGCAGACCCAAAUCUUCAAUUGAAGGAGUAUUCGGAGGAGGAAGAAGGCAUGAUGAGCGAAGAGAGAAAAGCAGUUAAGCAAUUAGUCCAACAGAGCUUGCAGAACAACAUGAGCAGGAUUGUGAAGAGGGCCAAUUUGCCGCAAGAUUUUGUUCCAUCGGAUCAUUUGAAGUCCCUCACAUCAAGUUCAACUUCUAAGAGCUUACCAUUUUGAGAAGAUCAAAUGAACUCAGCAAUGAAGGAAGAUGCAAGGCAAGUAUUAGUGACACAAUAUGGAUACAAAGGAGUUGAAUCUCCACUCUUCACAUGCUUAUUAAAUUCAUGUGCCAUUGUCUCUCAACAAGGUAUAAGCAUUAUAUUUACAUAUCUUGUGAUAUACUAAUGGUUAUCGUGAGGAAGAGUUGUUUUGGCCUAUUCAGUUUUUAUUGGCCCUGUUCGUUCUUGUCCUUUGACUGAGUUUUGUUCCUGUUUGGAUGUAAAUAUUUUGUGGUAAAUAUUAAUUUAUCCCUGGGCUGUAUUGUUUA